AUGAAUGACACGCUGGCUGUGAACAGUGGCAAAGAGAAUGAUCGUGGUCCAUUAAGGAUUGAUCUUCCUUCCAAGGCAGAAGGCAUCGUAUGGUGCUGUCUUUUUGCUAUACUAUCUGUCUUAAUCGUCGUAGAAAACUUUCUCACCUUUUUCCUCUUUGCAGCCAACAAGAAACUCCGCAAGAAAAGCUUGUUUCUUGUUCUCAAUAUGGCGCUGGCUGAUCUGAUCUUUGGAGCUCUAGCUCUUCCGCUAUAUAUUUACCUUGGCUUUGGAAGACCGGAGUAUUACCGAAUCUGGACUCAAAAUGUAAACACGUAUUUGAACUUGUUCUUAGACAUCACCUCGAAAGUCGCAUUAGUGGCUUCGUUAAUUUCCGUGGCCUUCAUUUCUUGUGAGAGGUUUUACGCCAUAUCACAGCCCUUUAAUCACCGAAAACUAACAGUACGAAAUUACUGUGUUGUGAUAUUUACAGUUUGGAUGUUAGCCUUGCCUUUCUCCAGCUUGGUGUUCUUGAUUCCCGGCCAAGAAUGCACUUACGUAGGAAUGCCAUUCGCAGUUAUCCUGCUGUUUACCAUUUGCGGUUGUAACAUCGCAGUUUGGAGAAAGCUUAAACAGGGAAGCGUCUCAUCACAACAGCAGAAUAGAACCUCGCGAAAUGAACGCGUAACAAGAACUUUGCUGUUCGUUUCUACCCUUGCCUUGUUUUGUUGGCUUCCUUUUGUUAUUUCGAAUGAUUUAAGGGGGCUCGGUGUUUCGAUACCAUGGAGACAUGCAAUGAUUGUCAAUUUUCUCAAUUUUUCUAACUCGUUUGUAAAUCCCAUCGUUUAUGCAUUGAGAAUUCCGGAAUUUCGACGCGCUUUAGCUGUGUGCUGUUCCACAAAGUACUGGAAGUUGAACAAAGAAGAUAAAGAAACUGGAAAUAACAAAGCAGACCCUUUGAUUCCACUGACACAGAAAAGAUCAUCAAGACCUGAUUCCAGUCCCCCACAGCUGAAGUUUGAUUAUGUAAAUACAGAAACCAAAUUUAUGUUAACCGAAUAA